CUCUUCUGUGCUACCUGUUCCUCGGUUCAGCGCUGUGCUCACCUUCUUCUCGCCUGUGGCUGACAUCUUUAGUGUGGGCACAUGGCUGUGACAGCUUGUGGCUUCACAGCCAGGUGCCCGCUGCACAUGUCCGCAAUCUCUGGUCAUCCCCUGUACUGUGUCCCCAGCCUCUGGUCAUCCCCUGUACUGUGUCCGCAGUCUCUGGUCAUCCCCUGUACUGUGCCCGCAGUCUCUGGUCAUCCCCUGUACUGUGUCCGCAGUCUCUGGUCAUCCCCUGUAAUGUGCCCGCAGUCUCUGCUCAUCCCCUGUAAUGUGCCCGCAGUCUCUGGUCAUCCCCUGUACUGUGUCCGCAGUCUCUGGUCAUCCCCUGUACUGUGCCCCAGUCUCUGGUCAUCCCCUGUACUGUGCCCGCAGUCUCUGGUCAUCCCCUCUAAUGUGCCCGCAGUCUCUGGUCAUCCC